AUGGGCAAGACAUUUGAGAAAAUCAGACUCUGUUCGGUGGGAAAGCUCCAGGAUGCAGACAAGAUCCCCCAGUGGGUUCGAGCCAAUGGCGGCGACUACACGAAGAGCAUUGACAGCAGAACAACACAUCUCGUCACUACAAAAGAAGCCUACAAGCAAAAUGUUGAAGCGGUCAAAGAAGCCAAGAGUCUGAAAAAUGUCAAGAUCGUGUCCUUUGACUGGCUUGAGGAUUCCCUACUUUCUAAAACACGCCGGCCACUGAAAGAGACUCCAUAUCUCUGGACGAACCUCUUAUCGGAAAGGAAACCGAAUGAAGCAAAUGCUCAGUCUGCAGUCGUGUCCAAAUCCUCGCCAAAGAUAUGGGAUCCAUUUCUUCCAACGCCGAAAAAGAGUACCAAGGGAGCGAAGGGAACGAGUCGAGGCCGAGUCUACCAAGAACCUGACAAUGGGGAUCUCUGGAAAGCAACCCUCGUGCGGCCUUGCAAUCCCUUGCGCCAACGAGAGAAGUACCAGCUAGCAAUCAUGCAGUCAUUUGCCAAACAACCCAGCUACAGCACUUAUGCAAAGUACAGCCGGGUUGGUACGUCGAAAGUUCAGCUCCUCUUACCCGCACAGAAGAACCUUUCCGUUGCCAUGAAAUCCUUCGCCGAGUUCUUCAAAGAUCAAACUGGCAAGGAAUGGGAAAGUCGAGCCGAUAAAAAGAUGCCGCUGCCCAAAUGCAAUCACGCCGGAGAGCCCCUGCCUGCCCAUGAGGGUUGGUAUUCAAUGGAGAUAUACGAAAACAUCUUCACGAAUUACCUGAAGAGCUACGAGGAUCCCAGCAGCACGACUGAUGUCGAAGUUCAGGAUAAAAUGGAUCCAGUGCCCGAACAGCCUGUCACUGACAGUGGAGAUGGUUCUUCCAAGGGACUGAGCCAGAGUCAUGCCUUGCUGGAAUCGCUCAUAUUGAUGGAAUUCGGACCAUCUACUAUGAAUAAGCCAGAGGAAGAUAAUAACACAGCAGAGGAGCCUUCUGAAGUUGUUCCAGACGGGGUAGUUGAGGAGAGUUGA